AUGGACGGUAACAAUGCCAAAGCGAGUCCAAGUACUCCGCCAUGGAGCGAAGAGGCGGAACGGCCGCCACUCCCACCCAGGCCAAGCGAGCUGAAUUUGAUGCAAUUGACAACAUCCACGAGCAAUGCUUCCCGUCCUCCCACACGGGCAGGUCUUGUGUCAGGGGCCACGACCGCAGUAUCCAUGGCUGACGUCAAUAGCUACAACAGGCCUGACGGAUCCAAAGAGUUACGUGUAACGCCGUCUCGCGUCUCUUCGAGCCCCUCGAUUCGAGCAGCCACGAGUAACAAGACCAGUGAAAUUGGGGAAGACAACUCCAGCAUCAGGAGCUACGCGCCGUUCGGCCGCUACAUACAGGAUACGGAGAGCAUUUUUGACGGCGAGGUACAAGAAGACCAGGGGCUUUCUUCGUCGUUCAGCGAUGGGAUGUUUGAAGAUGGCCCUGACAGCUUUGAUGAUGAAGAAGAUGUCGACUUUGACAAGGAGUUUGACGAUCCGGAUGACAAGAUUGUUGGUGAAGAGAUGGCUCAUAACGUCUGGAAAUCCAAGCGGAAGCACUUCAUCAUUCUGUCUGCGGCGGGCAAACCCAUCUACACCAGACACGGCUCGGAUGCCGUGAUCUCUGCUUAUGUCGGCAUCAUUCAGACCAUUAUCUCGUCAUACUUGGACUGGGACGAUCAAUUAAGGAGCUUCCGAGCCGGGGGAGUCUUGUUCGCCGUUCUUUCUCAGUCCAAUUUAUUCCUGGUCGGAAUCACGAGCCUUCCAGAAAGUGAAGCUCAGCUCCGUGUUCAAUUGGAAGCUUUGUACAUGCAGAUUUUGUCGACUCUGACCUUACCGACUUUGACGCAUCUGUUCUCCGUGCGACCUUCAACAGACCUCAGACGUCCACUGGAGGGGACAGAAGUUUUGUUAUCGUCGCUUGCAGAUACAUUCACGAGGGGUUCUCCUUCGACGUUGCUGUCUGCCCUCGAGUGCUUGAAGAUUCGAAAGUCGCAUCGGAACGUGAUCAACACCACGAUGAUCAGAGCUCGAGUGGAUGACCUACUCUAUGGUCUUAUUGUGGCAGGAGGAAGACUGGUCAGUGUCAUUCGACCCAAGAAGCACUCUCUCCACCCCGGCGACCUCCAGUUGAUCUUCAAUAUGAUAUUCGAAGCCGAAGGUAUAAAAGCCGGUGGCGGAGACUCUUGGGUCCCGAUCUGCCUACCAGGCUUUAACAACACUGGCUACCUCUACAUGUACGUCAGCUUUCUCGACAUGCGCGGCGAUCAAGCGCGCGAAAUGGCGGAAAACGAGCGCAUCGCCAAGGAAGAUUCGGUCGCCAUCAUUCUCCUGAGUGCCAACAAGGAGGGCUUCGAGGACCUCCACAGCAUGAAGAACUAUCUCGUGCAUGAGUUUCGACGCAAUCAAAGCUUGCGCAUCAUCCACGCGGCGGUUCAAGCCGGUCGGCCUGCGCCCACCGACAUUAUUGCCGGCACUGUUCUGCGACAUUUCCUCUACAAAUCCAAGGGCAAUGUGCAGUUCUUCAUGCCCUCGUACUCGCCGAAUUUCGAGACGUUGAAGCAACGCAGACGUCUGAUGUCGCUGUAUCACCAUCUGCAUGCCAGCGUGCACGCCAAACAUGCUGCCGUCAAGGUGCAUCAUAGCGUCGGCACGUCGGCGACUGCCCUGGCCUGGGUCACUCCCAUGUUUGAACUCUACUGCGUCGCCAGUCCUUCGACGUCGAGGAAUGCUCUGGCCCAGAGCGUCAACAAGGUGUUGCAGUGGGUGCAGAGAGAAGAGGAGCGAAUCUUUAUCAUCGGAGGAGCGGUAUUCUGA